ACUCGAAAAGGGAAAGCUUGGAGUGCGCGACCAUUUAGUUUAUAGGGGAGUUUGUUAUUGUGGAUUUAUGCCUUUUUCGGCUCAAUGGCGAAGUUCAUUACGAGGAGAUAUAGUGAUCCAGCAUUCGUUAAAGCUCUUAGAGAAGGCAUAUUAAAGAUCGCCUCACAAAAACAGUGUCCAAAUGAGGAUCGAAUAGUGCGCGCUUUACAGAACGAAUACGAGUGGACCAAAGCUGAUAUACUGAAACAGCUCAAAUUGGCUGUAAAAGAUGGCUUUUUACACCAAGUAACGGCGAUUUCAAGCCAUGGAAGUACUAAAGGGAUCCCUCAAACUGCUUACCGGGUUCGUUCUAAUGAACUAGACGAGACACUCAGAAAUAAAGAAAGCCAUGACUGGUACUGUUGGAUGUGUCAUAAUCCUGGAGAGGUUAUCCUCUGCGACUACUGUCCACGUGUGUUCCAUAGAAGAUGUGCGCAUGACGGCACAGUAUCUGGAGGCAAAUGGAAAUGCUCAUCAUGUCAGCCUCAGAAACUUCCACCUCUCAUGAACAGCAAGACGCCAGAAGAGUUGGCCAAGAUGUUGAUUUUUACUAUGGACAGAAUGAAAGAAAAGGCCAAAGAUUUCUUAAAACCCAUCGAUACAGAGGAAUAUGAAGAUUAUCUUGAGUAUAUUUUUAAGCCAUUGGAUCUUAGUUUACUUGAAAAGAGAGUGACACAGAAGUGUUUCAAGACCCCAAAAGAGUUUCGUGAAGAAGCACAGUGGAUGCUACACAAUUCAAUUAUCUAUUUUGGAGAGGAUGCAGACAUGACAGAUUUAGCAGAAGCAAUAAUGGAGGAUUGUGAUGGGGAGCUGGAAGAGAUGGUACGAUGUCCUGACUGUUAUCUCAUGUCUAACAUCAGAACAAAUAAUUGGUUCACCAAGCCAUGUUAUUUUCCUCAUGAGUUAGUUUGGGCUAAAAUGACAGGCGAGCCUCCAUGGCCAGCAAAGCUUCUUUCAUGGGACGAAGAUAAAAGCAAAGCCCUUGUGCGGUUCUUUGGUACUGCGCAUCAGAGAGCAUGGGUGGCUUCAAAAAAUAUCACACCCAUAACACAGAAACCUGAGGUGAAGAAAAGACCACAGAGAUGGAUGCAGGCUAUUGAUGAAAUGAAAUUAUAUCAACGACAACUGAAUCAGUUGGAGAAUAACAUGAAUACAGUCAAGAAGACACCACUGAAUCAAAGUCAAGUUGACGAGAAGUCGACACAAACUGACGAAAAGGAAACCCAUCCAGACAAGAGAAGGAAGCUGGAUAGUGAACUAGAACUUAAUAAAGUAACAGAAGUGAGGAAAGAAUUAGAGAAACAAGCAAAGGAAAACGCAGAAAUUAUAAGGAAAAAAGAUGAAAGGAUUUGUAUUCUUCAAGAUCAUGCAAAGACGCUGGAAGAACACCUUAGUUCUGCCGUUAUGAAUCUUGAAGGGGAAAGAAACCGUGCAAAACAGCUGAAACAAAAACUAGAAAUGAUGGAAAAGGAAAUAAGUCGUAAUAAAAACAUUAUAGAAAUGCCGAACCACGUUAUAUUGAAUGGUUCUGCAAGUAGAGAAAGAGAAUUAGAAGUGAACGACAAGAUGGUGGCCCCUAGUGAUUCGCAAAAAGAUUUAGAACGAGAGAUAAAAGAGGCUGUGAAGAGAGCAGUGAAUAAGGAACGACUAGAAAAAGAACGAGCUAUUGAGGACGCUGUUAAAAGAACUAAAAGAGAAAAGGAAAAACAGAUUGAAAAAUCGCUACAAGUUGUGAGAAAUGAAGCAGAGAAGUCCUUGCAGGAAGCUAUCCAAUUGACCAAACGAAAGCAGUGGUGUGCGUAUUGUUCAAAGGAAGCUUUCUAUCCGUGUUGCUGGAAUACAAGCUACUGUACGGUAGACUGUCAGAAGGCCCACUGGUGUUCUCAUCGUUUUCAGUGUAUGAGACUAGCAUGUAACUGUGGUACAAGAGAAUGUGUAAAGUCUUGCUAACCCUUGCUAAUGUGUUAUCCGACUUUGCGCUUCUCUCUUGUACAUUGUUUUACGGCAGUCGUUUUGUAGGGCAAGAACAAUACAAGCGUUUUGCAUGAAUUGUAUUUCCCAAAGAAAAAAGUUUCUGUCGUUUUGCCCACAACAUGGCUGUCGUGAAACUUCUCUAUAGGCUUAGAAAAAAAUUAUAACAUAUUCGCGAUACGAAAAGCUAGUUUACACUACACAAGUUGCGCGCACUGUUGCUGUGAGGCCAUCUAUGUUGCGAGGCUGUAACACCAUGCAAUUGUUGCACGCAAUGUUUCUGAAGGAGAAAACGAUCUUCCCUCAGCAAUGUUGCCUGCAAUGUUGCACACUGUAUCUUUAUCUUGAGUCUGCAUCAAUUAAGAUAUUUAAUCACAAAGAUAAGGAAAAUAAUAAGUUUCUGUCUUUACUUUGCUAAAUUAACUAAGGUCGUAUUACUUGUACAUAAAAUAUUUAUUUAAUACUACGGUGCUUAGUCUCAUUAGUCUUUAUUAGGCUCAGUUUAUACAUUGGAUAUGGAAAUGCCAAACCUAUUGUUUUAAUUCGUUUGCAUAAGAUUCGGCGCGUGAAAUUCGAUGUUUGCACUGUGCCUUACACUUUUGCGAGACUGAUUUCGGGCGCCGGUUUUAUAGCGAAGUGUUGCGCAACUGUGAUAAGUGUAAACUAGCAACUUGGUAUUGCAUUACAGGGCUGAGGCACAGGGUGUAACUGUUGCAUGCAGCGUUGAACGCAGGAUAUUUUAAAGGGAUAUAACACGUAGCAAUCUUCCUGCAACUAAAUAUGUAUUGAGGAACGCUACCCAGUUCUGGGUAACACAGUGAAGUGAUUAAAUAUGAUAUCACGUGAUUGUGGUCAUACUAAAUAUAGCUAAAUUUGGUUUGCUAGUAACAUCACGCAUUUGCGCGAAGAAACGUGUUAUACGCAGCAUUUGCACCCUGUGUCUGGGCAUUAAAACAGUCCCCAUCAAACUCACUUAACAGAUUCUCCAGGUGAUUUACCACGUGUGUGUAUACUUACCACAGCCUACCCAGUACAUCUUCAAUUCAAAUCAUUAAUCGCUAUACAUUCAUUGAGUUAACGCUGACCUCAUUAAUUUAUCAACCACAGAUCCUAGUAAAUUUGAAAAAUAUGAUUAUAUAUUGUUUAGAAAAAGUGAGAAAUGUUGAAUGUAAGUUGAAGUAGAAGUUACGCUCAUUUUCUUAUGAAACUCAAUAUUUUUUCCUCAAGGUCCAUUGAGGUCCCUCUUGGUUCUUCAAAGUCCCUUGUUCCCAGAACCUUAGUUUAUUUUAGUCCCUAAUGACCCUCUUGGUACCUCAAGGUCUUGGGUCAUAAUUCCAGUCACCUCCAAUGGAUGCAUUUAAGCAAGAAUCAACAGUUUUUAAUCUCGUUAUGGAUACCAUGAACACAAAAUAGCUAAAAACUGUGGCAGAGUGCUCACACUGGAUCUGUAAAACACUGUAUUAAGGCAUUAUACACAACAGUGGGAACCAUUCUCUAUUGUUGUGCGAAUUGCUUCUAAAUUGUUUAGUACUGUUUCAUGGAUUAAGUAUGAUCACUCUGUCAAAGUCAGAGAACUAGUAACACAUGCAUCAUAUACCAAUAACUUUAAACCCGUCGCUCUAAAAAGGGGUGUGUUUGCUAAAGACAAGAGUUAUUGAAUCAAUUAGUUAUUCUGAGGUUGAGGGGAAACUGGGUCGAGUUGGCGCUGCAGUGCAUUGUGGGACUGUUUUAGGGUUCAAAAUAGACGCCAUUGAAAUACGAUUUAUUGCAGUGCCAACUCGGUACAGUUUUUCCCCCAACCUCUGAAUGUCUAAAAGCUUCUCAUCUGCAGGGCUACUCUAUCAGUACCGGCGCAAUCUUUCAUCCUGCAGUCCAGUAUUAUAGAAAUGAAGUUAACUAGUUUUAAUUUGUUAAGUUCCUUGUUUUAUUCAAUCAGUUGUGAUAUCAUAUCAUGUGUUAUCAUCAUAGGUUUCGUAUUAAAUUUAAAUUAAUUAAAAUUUUCUUGGGUA